AUGUCUAUCGCUAAAAUCGCUGGUGUUGUCCUCGGAUCGGCCGCUCUGGUCGCCGGUCACGGUUACGUCUCGGGCGCCGUUGUUGACGGCAAGUACUACGGAGGAUACAUCGUUAGCUCCUACGCCUACAGCGACAGCCCCCCCGAGACCAUCGGAUGGUCCACCGAGGCCACCGACCUGGGCUUCGUUGACGGCAGCGACUACUCCAACGCCGACAUCAUCUGCCACAAGAGCGCGAAGCCCGGUGCCAUCUCCGCCGAGAUCGCUGCCGGUGGCAAGGUCGAGCUGCAGUGGACCGAGUGGCCCGAGUCUCACCACGGCCCCGUCAUCACCUACCUGGCCAACUGCAACGGUGACUGCUCCAAGGUCGACAAGACUUCGCUCGAGUUCUUCAAGAUCGACCAGAAGGGUCUGGUUGACGGCAGCGAGGCCCCCGGAACCUGGGCCUCCGACGAGCUGAUCAAGAACAACAACAGCUGGACCGUCACUGUCCCCGACAGCAUUGCUGCCGGCAACUACGUCCUCCGUCACGAAAUCAUCGGUCUCCACUCCGCCGGCAACAAGGACGGCGCCCAGAACUACCCCCAGUGCUUCAACCUGAAGGUCACCGGUGGCGGCAGCGACAAGCCCACGGGCACCCUUGGUACCAAGCUCUACAAGGAUACCGACGCCGGCAUCCUCGUCAGCAUCUACUCCAGCCUUGACUCCUACAAGAUCCCCGGCCCCGCUCUGUACUCUGGCGCUUCUUCCAGCUCCGGCUCCGGCUCCAGCGGCUCUGCCAGCUCCAGCGCUGCUGCCACCACUGCUGCUGCUGCCUCCACCCAGGCUGCCGCCGGUGGUGCCCAGACCAGCACUGCUACUGCUUACCAGACCUCGACUGCUGUCGCCAGCGUGACCGUCACCGGCUCCCCUGCCCAGCAGACCAAGGUCCAGGACGCCGCUACCACCACUGCCGCCGCCGCUGCCACUUCCACCGGCAGCUCUGACUCCUCUGCCCCUGCUCCCUCCGGCACCAGCAGUGCCAGCCUGACUGAGUACUUCAACUCGCUCUCUGCCGACCAGUUCCUCAGCCUCCUCAGCGAGACCUUCUCGUGGCUGGUCACCGACAAGAAGCACGCUCGUGACACCUCUGCCUAA